AUGAGUCGUAGCUUAGGUAUACCGGUAAAGCUUCUACACGAAACCACAGGACACAUCAUGACCGCAGAGCUGAAGAGCGGAGAGCUCUACAGAGGCAGCAUGGUUGAAUGCGAAGACAAUUGGAAUUGCCAACUCGAGAACAUCACUUUCACAACUAAGGUGUCAGAUGCACGUCUUAGAUUUUACAACAAAUUAAGUGUCUUCUGCACACAUGCUUUAGAGUUCACAGAUGGCAAGGUAUCACAACUUGAGCAUGUUUUCAUUCAAGGAAGCAAAGUCAGGUUUAUGGUGAUUCCAGAUAUGCUUAAGAAUGCUCCAAUGUUCAAACGUCUAGAAGCUAGAAUCAAGGGCAAGGGUUCAGCACUUGGCAUUAGACGGGGACGUGCUGUUGCCAUGAGAGCCAGGGCUCAGGCUGCUGGUCGUAGAGCUCCACCAGGGAGGGGCAUUGUGCCACCUGUAAGGAGGUGAUCAUUCUAGAAUAUGAUUGUAAUCUUAAGAGCAUCAAAGCUCGUAUAUUAUGCAAGGGAGAUCAUCAAAUCCAUGUUAUGCAGCCCAAUUUGGUAUAGGAUAAUAUUUGGCCUUUGAGACCUUAAGAA